AGUUCCGAGCUCCGUGGUGGACACUUCAGAGAUACAGUUGUACCAUCGUCGUGUUUGUAAAUAAAAAGGGGUCAACACCCCCCUUGCGUGCAAACUUUUUCAAUGCAGUUUUAAAUAUUUUAAAAACUUUUUAUAAUUAUUUCGACAUUAGAUACUCUUUGCUUUUGAUUUUUUUAGUUCUUCGGGCAUACACUCAUCAGACGGUGUGCGUUGAACCCAUCGCGCGCAUCGUCCCUGUGAUAAGAGGGCCCUGUGAUAUCGACGAGUUCGUCUUAGCUUUAAAACUAGUUAGCAUAUAGUUAAGUAUUUAGAAGAUUAACAAAAUGUCGCCGCCGCUAGACUCCCAACUGCUGCACUUCGACAUAUGGGAAUCUCUGGACGAAGAGUCCAUGAGAUUGACCCAAACAUCAGAGUUCUGGACUCAAGUACAAUAUGAAGCAGAGAGACUCGACCUCGUUCCGCCUGCGAAUCUGUCGGAUCAUCUACAAGACAGCGACGAAGACUGGAGGAUAGAAGAGACGCACGAAGAUCCACACAAAGACAACAUCGUACAUCAUGACUGUAUGUGGGCAGGUUCGUGUGUAGAUUCUGUACAUCCGAGCAAUAAUUUCGUACCCUCAGACCAUAUACCGGCCACGCCCGGACAGAGUUUGCUCAGAAGAGACAUAUCACCGUCGAGACCUGACACACCACCCUCGUUAGACGGCGAUGAACCACCUCAGUUCCGUCACGCGGUCGACGUCGCUGGAACAGCUCUUCGUUUGCUCAGAGAUUCAGCGGCCGUAGCCGCCGAUCAUUCGUACACUUUGGCGAGACAACACCGGGAUUACCUCGGAGUGCAGACACCGUCUGACUCCGGUGAAUCAGAGGAGGAAAUUGAUGUGGUAUCUCUCGGAACAACACAGCAGCCAUUUGCGCCGACGACUACGACGACACCCAACAAUAUGCUACGUCCGGAAACGUUGGUUCGUGCUGCUUCAAUGCCAGAUCGGCGUCAGGCCCAGCGACCGUUAGAAUCCGCGACGUCUCGCACGCCCCGCUCGCCGCCCCGCCCGAUCGCACGGAAGCGGCUGGUGCCCCCGGCGAGCGUGAUGCCGGGCGGCGCGCGACGGAGGGCCCGCGGCCCGGGACGCCGCGGCCGCCGCUCUAACACCGACACGGACUCCGAGGCCGAGUCUCCGGAGAUCGAGCGUCGUUCCAUACACAACGAUAUGGAACGACAGAGACGUAUCGGCCUCAAAAACCUCUUCGACGAGCUCAAAAUGCAGAUCCCCGCCACGAGAGACAAGGAACGCGCUCCUAAAGUCGUGAUACUCAGAGAGGCGGCCGCACUCUGCAAGAAAUUGAGCCAAGAGGAUAUCGAGCGGGAGAAGUUAAGGAAGAAGCAGAACCAGCUCAUGGCGAGAUUGAAAAAGCUUCGCAAAUCACUUUCGGCUCGCUACCACCCGUACUGAGCAUCCGAGGAGUACGCUUGGUAACGAAAUCGCUCCGAGCUCGGUAGUUCACUCGGCGUGACUCAUACGGACUGGUAAAUUAUUGUAAUAAGUCGCUUUCAGACUCUGUUGACUGUUUGUAGUCGGGCUCGGCGACGAGGGCGGGCGCGCCUGCCUCUCCCUCUCUCUCUCGCCGAGCCCGGGCGAUCUGAACUAUAUCGUGGUCCGGUCAGAGUGUCGAGAGCUCGUUAUUUUGAUAAAGUCAGCUUUUACGGCUUACUCUGCUUCUGUGGUGUUGUACGAGACGGCAACGAACGUGACCGUUCGAACGCGAAUUUGUUUUGCUCAAAUAUUUUGCAGUGCCAAAGUGAGCCAUAAAACUGUUGUUAAAUAAUUAAUUAAUAAAUUAGGUCGUCAGUAAAAUAUCUUAAUAGUUACAGACUGCUUCGUGAACUGGUAGACUGGUUAUACCUCUAUAAAAAAAAGAAAACGUUUUUUGAAUUUUAUCAAUAAAGUAUACAUAGUUGACAUUACUCAUUACAUAUUUACUCCGUGUUGAAAGAUCGAAAAUGAUAUGACAUAUGUUUAAAAUAUUGUUUCGAAACUUAAAAAGAUUUUUACUGAGCCUUCCGCCGCCGCGGCAUCGCGUAGUUGUAGGAUGCGUGUCGGCCAAGGGUCGGAGCCCGUACAGCCAGGGAACGGGCGCGGCCGCACCGAACCCUAUCGCAGGGUAGUGAUAUCAACAUGUUAAUAUUGUUUUAAAUUUGAUAUUAUUCGUAAGGUUUAACUGCGUUUUAGAUUAGUUCGCUUACGGUUUCUUUUGUAGUUGUUUUGUUAUUUUGUAAACUUUAACACAUAAAGUAAGUUUUCCUUUACCGCAUAGUCGCGCGACUAACGAAUUAUUUAUGUCGAUAACUUUGGAAUAGUUCAAUGGGUGGAACACUUUUUGAAGUGAUCGAUUUGUUUAGUUACGAUUUGCACAUUCUUCAGCUUAGGUAAUCAUUACACUUAAUAUAAUGACUAAUAUGUUAUUUUCGGCACGCCGGUGGUGUGCGACUGCGACUAGUCGCAGCAGAGCAGCGUGCUCGAGUCGCAGUCGCACGCUCGCGGCCGACAAGCACGCAUACAUUAUUGUACCAUCAUCGCAUUUAGCAUUAUUGCGUCACUUAGUGUAUUUACGUAUUUUAUUUAUGUACUUUACAAGCAAAUUGACAUCGUUCAUAAGUUUUAAAUGAAAUCGAACACAAAUUAAUAUUUCAAACCGUUGACGUGAAUAUAGAAACGUAUAAUCUCAGUUUAAUAACAUUUGAUCGUAAGGAAAUAGACUGUGUAUUUUGAUAAAAGCAUCAAAAUCUAUUUCGUAACAGUUCUACGUAUGGACUGACAUAAAAAAAAUAUAUAUAAACCAAGACAUAGUUCCUCAUAGUACCUACUAAUAGUAAAUUUUGCAUUUUUUUUAUUGUAUAUUUUUUAUUGUCGCAAUAAGUUAGUGAUGUACUCGCGCUAGUAUGAACGACUAUUUAAUUAAUUGACCGGAAGAAUAAGCAUCGGGCUGUUUCGGAACGGCGACUUAAGAGUUUGGUCGGUCAGUGGUGUCAAUAGAGGUUUGAUGUUUUGUCGAUCACACGGUCAACAGUUAAAGGCUUUAAAAUUGUGUGCGGAAUGUGCCUUGCUAUGUACAUAAUUAUACAAUAUAGAUAAUUAGGUUUAUACUCGAAUUAGUUGCGAGAAAAUAUUUUUUUGUGGAGAAAUAUUAAUUAGGGUUAUUAUAGUAUUGUUCUAAGUAGUGGUACACGAGGAGUUUUAUAGUUAUCGUGUUAAAGAUUUGCAGUUUAUCUUCCACUAGGCGUAAAACUUGUAUAUAAAUAGUGAAUAGAGCGUAGUACAUCAGCAAGUUUUUUUUUUUAAACUAGACUUUUUUUUUUCCUAGUAAUUGUUUAGUUUUCUUAACUGGAGAGUUACGAAUUCUCGAAUGUUGUACCUGCAUUUAUAUAUUUUUUUUGUUAAUCUUAUCUUGACAUAAAUAAUAACGAUUAUGAUGGAGUUAUCCAAAAAAAAAAUUAGAAAAAGAAAAAACGAAUCGGUCGAACGUACAUCGGUGAUAUUGAACAGUCUUUAAAAAUUUUUUUUUUUUUCACUUAAGAAAAGUCAGUAGUUAAAAGUUUAAUUGUAAGGAAUGACAGCUUUAUGAAUCAAUAGACGGAUAGAUACAGUAGGGAGUCGACAUUAAAGUGCACAUCGAUGUGACAAGGCACAUUUCCACCACUGCCAAAAUGGAGAAAAUAGAUUGCAGAUAAAAACAAAUUUUACAUUGAGAAAGAAAGAAAAAAAAUUUGAUUUGUAAAUUUUAUGAAUAAGUCAUGUUGUAGAUUAAUUUUUAUUACUUUUUUUUUCUUUUGUAUAGUAUCCGUUUAUGUAAGCCGACCACCCAACCGUUUUGAGGGCGAGGAAAAUCGAUCGAAAAUUUGAAUCGAUUUUAGUGUGAAUCGAUUCUGAAUAUCGAUGUUGUCGGCCCCAGAUCGGUGCGUGCGCGCCGCUACAGAGAAUGCAGGGCACAACAUAGAUUCCGCCUAAUUUUAAUAUUGUACUCUGCAAUCUUUGAAGUGGCGUUUUAAUAUCUAAUAACACUGUGUACUUACCACGUCUGUUUGGAUACUAUUGUAACUAGAUGAGAAGUUUGGUUUUUGUUCCUUAAUUAUGUGUAUCGAAACAUUUAAGAUUAUCAUUAAAUAAUAAAAUAAA